AUGAGUGAUUUACUUUCGGGAAACUCCACCAUGGAGUCCGCUGCAGAGGUUAUACUACGACCCCCCCCCCCGCUUACACAGAUCAACGGGACUCGUCAUGUCUCGAACUCGUCGGAGGUCAUUUCACUACGGUUCUUCCACGAAUGGGAGAGCUUUGCACCUGAUGUCCUCGAAGCAUGUGCAUCUGUAGAUCUUAGCCAUACCGUUCAAUACACCGAUGAUGUGUCGGAAAGUUACAUCGUUGGCAGCGAACUUGGUCUGACUGGCAGGUUCACCAAGAACGUCUGUGACCCUGUUGCCAAAGUCUUUGCCACCACUCGCCUCGCCCAUUUAAAGUUCGGUGAUUAUCAGUCAUCUGCAGGGCCAACGGACACGAGCCAAGUACCUGAUAUCACUAUGUUCAACACAACGGGACCACCUCGACCACCUCGCCUAGCGGCUGUUGGAGAACUCAAGUCUUUCUGGACAGUUGUUCUUGACAACUAUUCCAUUCGCCGAGGCUACCAACGGUUAAUCGGCAUCCAGCAUCACCUUGCCCAACUCGUCAAGUACAUGCGGUCGAGUGAGCUUAAGUUUGGAUUUCUGUCCACGUACGAGACGACGGUCUUCAUUCGCAGAACGGCUCCUUACCGCUUUGACAUGUCAUUACCAAUUGGAAGAGACGCAUCGAAUCCCAGCCUUCGCCAGUGCUUCUUAGCUCUAGGUGUACUUGCUUCCGAUGAUUGGGAAUUUGUUGAACCUCCUGAAUUCAACGUCGCCCAGCUCCGCAUUCCGACGCCGCCUUCAUUCCAAGCCUCCAUACGUCCGUCCGCUUUCCGAAACCAAAUCGGCACCAAGGAGGAGGUAUCCGACAUGCUUGGUUCGUCGUCGAUCCUUUACGGGGCUGACGACGGUCUUGCAACGACGUUCGUAAAUUGCAAGAGGAUUAUCCAGCAAUCCUCCUGCAAGGCGAUUUUUGAAGUCACAUGGGAUGGAAAACCGGCCAUUGCGAAAUGCUGGUCGCCAUCUCGAGUCGAACGGUUUGCUGACGAAGCGAGGACGUAUGAGAAUAUCCAUGCGCUACGUCCAGCCGGUUUCGAUUUUUUCCCCUCACUACUAAGCCUCGGCAAGAUCUGUUGCUCUUCGAUCUUUCCCCAAGGUUAUAUCAUUGUGAUGACAAAGGUUGAUGGGGAACCGCUCGACAAGCAAUGGGGCAACCUUUCUGGAAGCGUCAAGGAGCAUAUACGUUCAGAGAUUUACAAGGCUAUCAAGGUACUGAGGCAAGUGUCUACCAUUGUUAUCGACUCCGGGAUGCAUAACGUCUUAUACGACCCGGAAACCAAUGCUGUAACAAUGGUGGAUUUUGAGUUGACGCAAGGAUGCGAGGCGGACACCCUGGGUCCUGACGAACCAGAGAUGUUUUCGAUAUUCGGGCAAUACACUACGCGCGUACGUGUUCGUCACGAGGGUGGUUAG